AUGUGCAGCUCACGCCGCGGCGAGGCCUCCGGGUCCACCAAUGUUCAGGGCCGUGAGGUCCUUCCUACGAAUGUCAAGCCGCAACAUUAUGAUUUGACAUUGGAGCCUGAUUUCGAGAAGUUCACCUACGAGGGAACUGUGACUAUUGACCUUGAUGUCACCGAAGACACCGAUUUCAUCACCCUCAACUCCAACGAGAUCGAGAUUCACAGCGCAGAGAUCUCAGCUAAGGGCUCGGUGGUAGACUCCAAGCCCGAUAUCUCCCUUAACAAGGAUGCCCAGACUGCGACUAUCAAGUUCGGCCAGGCUAUCCCCGCGGGGUCAGAUGCUCAGCUGAAGCUCACCUUCACUGGUAUUCUGAACGACAACAUGGCCGGAUUCUACCGGUCUUCCUAUAAGCAGAACGGCGAAACCAAGUACAUUGCCUCCUCUCAGAUGGAGCCGACGGACGCCCGUCGGGCCUUCCCGUGUUUCGAUGAGCCGGCUCUCAAGGCCAAGUUCACCGUGACAUUGGUUGCAGACAAGAGCUUGACUUGCUUGAGUAACAUGGAUGUCGACACGGAGACUGAAGUCAAGGGAACGAAGAAGGCUGUGAAAUUCACCACUUCGCCCCUCAUGUCCACGUAUCUUGUCGCUUUCAUUGUGGGCGAUCUGAAGUACAUUGAGACAAAGAACUUCCGUGUUCCGGUCCGUGUCUACGCUACGCCCGAUCAGGAUAUUGAGCACGGUCGUUUCUCAUUGGAGCUUGCUGCCAAGACGCUAGCAUUCUACGAGAAGGCCUUUGAUAGUGAUUUCCCUCUACCAAAGAUGGACAUGGUUGCCGUGCCUGAUUUCAGUGCAGGAGCCAUGGAGAACUGGGGAUUGAUUACCUACCGUAUUGUCGAUGUGUUGCUGGACGAGAAGAACAGUGGUGCGUCCCGGAAGGAGCGUAUUGCCGAGACCGUUCAACACGAGUUGGCCCACCAAUGGUUCGGAAAUUUGGUUACCAUGGACUUCUGGGAUGGAUUGUGGCUUAACGAGGGCUUCGCAACCUGGAUGUCGUGGUACUCAUGCAACGUCUUCUACCCGGAGUGGAAGGUUUGGCAGACUUAUGUUAUCGAUAACCUGCAGAGUGCUCUUUCGCUGGACUCGCUACGCAGCAGUCACCCCAUUGAAGUGCCUGUGAAGCGUGCUGACGAGAUCAACCAGAUCUUCGAUGCCAUUUCCUACUCCAAGGGCUCCUCUGUCCUGCGCAUGAUUUCCAAGUAUUUGGGCGAAGAUGUGUUCCUUCAGGGUGUCCGCAAUUACAUUAAGAAGCACGCCUAUGGCAACACCGAGACCGGUGACUUGUGGGCUGCUCUUGGUGAUGCCAGUGGCAAGCCCGUUAAGUCGGUCAUGGACAUCUGGACCAAGAAUGUCGGCUUCCCUGUGCUCAGCGUCACUGAGAACAAGGACAAUUCUUCGAUUCACGUGAAGCAGAACCGUUUCCUGCGCACUGGUGACGUCCGUCCCGAAGAAGAUCAGACUCUCUUCCCUGUGAUGCUCGGCCUGCGCACGGACAAGGGCGUUGACGAGGACACCAUGCUGACCGAGCGUGAGGGUAACUUCCCCGUUUCCGAUCUGAACUUCUUUAAGCUCAAUGCCGACCACUCCGCCAUCUUCCGCACCGCCUACAGCCCCGAGCGUCUCAAGAAGCUUGGCCAGGCAGCUCGCGAUGGACGUCUGAGUGUCGAGGACCGUGCCGGCAUGAUUGCCGACUCUGGCGCACUAGCCGCCUCCGGUUUCCAGCGCACCUCCGGCAUGCUGUCCCUGCUCCAGGGCCUCGACACCGAGUCAGAGUUCGUCGUCUGGAACGAGAUCCUGACCCGCAUUGGCACCCUGCGUGCUGCUUGGCUCUUUGAGAACGACCAGACCAAGGAUGCCCUCAAGGCCUUCCAGCGCACGCUGGUCGCCCCCAAGGCCCACGAAAUUGGCUGGGAGUUCCCCGAGAAUGACGACCAUAUCCAGCAGCAGUUCAAGGCUCUCAUGUUCGGCUCUGCCGGUAUGGCCGAGGACCCUGUCGUCGUCAAGGCCGCCCUAGACAUGUUCGCCCGCUUCGCUGCCGGCGAUCUCUCCGCCAUCCACCCCAACAUCCGCGGUAGCGUCUACUCUAUUGCCCUGAAGCACGGCGGCGUCAAGGAGUACGAGGUAGUCUUGGACCGGUUCCGCAACGCACCUACUUCCGAUGAGAAGACCACCGCUCUGCGCUGUCUCGGUGCCUCCGAGGACCCGGAGCUGAUCUCCCGCACUCUUGGUCUCGCUAUGAACGAUGAGGUCAAGAGCCAGGAUAUUUACAUGCCGCUCGGCGGUCUCCGCAGCAACCCGGCUGGUAUCGAGGCCCGCUGGAACUGGCUCAAGUCCAACUGGGAUGCUAUCUACAAGCGUCUUCCUCCUGGUCUCGGCAUGCUGGGCACUGUUGUCCAGCUGACCACUGCUAGCUUCUGCACUGAGGCGCAGUUGAAGGAUGUGGAGGACUUCUUCGCUGCCAAGGACACUAAGGGCUUCGAUCGUGCUGUUGAGCAGAGUCUCGAUGCUAUCCGCGCCAAGAUCAACUGGAUCAAGCGUGACCGUGGCGAUGUCGAGGAGUGGCUGAGCAGCAACAGCUACCUACAGAGCAAGCUGUAA